AUUGGGCGUUCGGAAAAUGGCGGUCUUGAAAGUUGCGGCGUUUCUAGGAAUAGUCACAGCUCUUGUAGCGGUUUUGAUUGCCUGGUACACGAGUGAGAAUUUUGAUCCUGAAACUCUACGAAGCAAAAAGGUCGUGAUUUGUGGAGCUUCGACUGGAAUUGGAGAAGAACUCGCUUAUCAAUAUGCCAAACUUGGAGCUCAACUUUUACUUGUUGCCAGGCGUGAAGAAGAACUUAAAAAAGUUGUGGCACGUUGCGGAGAAUUAGGAGCACAGACGGCAAAUUACGUCGUUGCUGAUCUGUCUUCUUUGGAGGCUGCCAAGUAUCUAGCUGAGGUAAGAAGCAAUCAAUUUUUAGUCUGAUCUGCUUGCUUUGCCAGAUCAGCGAGAUGGAACAUUUGAACCAAGCCACCCCAACCCCACCCCCAUCCCCUUUGAAUGAUAUCAAAGAGCGCACUUUCUUUUUUUUUAGUUUCUAAUCAUUGCCGUUUAAGUCUCUGUCAUUUUAUUUAGGUAAAUCAAAGGAAUGAAGGGCUACUUAUUCACAUCUCAUUAACAUCACAAUACAUCCCUUUGUGAUCUGCCCCAUUAUUCUAUAGUUGCUCCUCAAUUAGUGUGCUUAUAGGUACAAGUAUGCAAGGUGGCAGGUCCUAGAGACACAUUAGAGGGACAGGUUGCAGUAACAAUUUCUCUCAUUUGAUAAAAACAUUGUGUGAAUCUCUGUCUUUUUAUUUGACUUUUUCCCCUGAAGGUAACCACACAAAUUCAUAUCAGUUUGAAUUUCUAUGUGCAUAUAAUCAAACUGAGAAAUUGAGUAAUAGAACUUGUUUUGGAAUCAUGAAACGCUUUACUCCUUAGUCUUGUUGCCUGACUUUAAUCUGUCAUUAUAAACCCUUGUAAGAUACCAGGAAAUGAACUUAUUGUUGUCUUUAAUAGGAAACUAACAAGCUAUUUGAUGGACCUGAUGUAUUAAUUCUCAACCAUUUAAAGCCAUUUUAUGAAUUAUGGAACGAGAACAGCAGCCUUGAAAAAAUUCCUCAGUACUUUGCUGUCAAUACCAUAAGUUAUAUCAAUAUCGCUACCUUACUGCUCCCUGGCCUUCAGAAGACCAAUGGAAGCAUACUUGUUGUGUCAUCAUUUGUUGGGGUUGUUCCUGUGCCAAGGGUUUCAACUUACUGUGGAAACAAGCAUGCACUGCAUGGAUUUUUUGACAGCUUGCGUCAAGAUUUAGCACUGCAAGGCCAGCGUGGAAUUUCUGUCACAUUAUGUGUUUUAGGGUAUAUUGAGACAAAAAAUGCUCGCACUAUGACCAAAGGCCUUCCUGUGGACAAAGGUAUAAAGAGAGAACCUGUGGAUGAAUGUGCUCUUUCCAUGAUCAAAGGAGCUGCUUUGAGAAAAAGGCAAAUAUAUUUCCCAUGGUAUUUAAGUUUUGUUGAAACAGUACAUUUCUUUUUCCCAAGUUUUGUUGAGAGUGUAAUUCAAGUUGCUACCAAUGAAAAACCAAUGGUGGAUAUUUGGGAAUGGUGAGAUUUUAUUGCCAUAGGCUCAAUGUUGUAGAGCAGAGCCAAAAUAAAUAGAGCUCUUCUUGACAUUGUAUUCUUUAUUUAUGGUGAUUUCUUGUAAUUGAGAUAGAGGCUUGUGAAAACACAUUUUCAUUAUUUUCUUUGUGUGUGUGUGCUGUGUAGAUAUGACCAUGAAUAACUGACAUUUAAUAUAUUGGAAGGUUGCUGGGGCCCAGAAUAAAACCUGGAGUGACUUUUGAUGCAAAAUAAAAUUAUCUCUGUGUUUCACCUGAGAAAAAACAAAGAGGUCAGUUGAGAUAAACAGGUCAGUUUGGAAGGUGGUUAGCUUUUUUUCAGAGGUCACUCAAGGCUUCAAGAGAGUAGUGUGUAUCAUUGUUGCCCUACCAAUAUAACUAUAGAGUGAUGUUUAAAGAUAUUCCUGGGUGUGCCUUGUCAUGUUAUGGCAUGUCAGGACUGCUUCAUAAACAAAAUAUGAUGUAACCAUUUACAACAAUGGUGGAGAUUGUGUCAAGCUGUUGAUUGUUAAUUCUCUCCUUUUGCUGCUACACAGUUCCUUGUAAAUUUUAGUAGUGAGAAUUUGGUGUAAGAUCAAGAUAAAAACUUCUUGAUAAAUUUUAGUAUUCUCACCAACCAUUUGCUAGAAAACAUUCAGAUAUCAUAGGGAGAAGCUACAUGUUGGUCACUUCUGGGAGUUGAAGGGUUUAGUGGUGGUUCAAGUUAGCUGAUAGUAAAUGACUAGGAAAAAAAAUGGGAUCAAGGGAAAUGUGAUCUUGUUUGAGUUACCCCAGGGUUGGAGUAAACCAAGUUUGAUUCAUGGGGCUCUACUGAUAAUCACAGAAAAUGUCAACAUGUGAUAAAAACAUUGGUGACACACUUAGCUGCCCCUCACCUGCCCCUUUUUUUAGUUCUUACCACAUUCUGACAUCAUCUGUGACCUAUUACAGAACAGACCCACAGAAAUAGUAAGUAAAUAAGUAAGUAAAUAAUAACAAAAUUGAAAAAAAAUCAAAUUCCAAAAAAACCUUUAGUAAAUUUAAAUGACUUUGUUAAAUCAAGGCAACUUCUACCUGAUAAGUUUGAGUAUUUUCUUUACACAUUUGCCGGAUAAUGUAUAGAUAUUGUAGAGAGAGGUUAUAUGUCAAUCACCUCUAGGACAGAGAAUGGUUUGAACCUGGGAGUAACUUGAUUGUGUGGUCUGAUGGCCCAUGUGAGAGUAGUUCUGAGAGGGAAUGUUGUCAUAAGUGGUAACUGAUGUUCCAACAACCUGAGUAGAAGUUGUUUUCAGAGUCAAGUGAAAAGUUGUUGUCAGUCGAGUGCACUAAGUUCAGUUCAUGUUAGCUGAUUGAGAUGCCAUAGGAUGGUGAGUGUUUCAUCAAAUGAAGUCAUCAUUGUCAUUGUUUCUCGAAAAAAUACAGUUGAGGUAUUUGUUCUCAUGAGAUAAGCUGUCUGUUGUGUUGCAUACAAGUUGUGCUCGUUGUGUUAGAGUCCUGAUAGUUGUGGCUUUGUACAAUGUCAGGUGGAAGGAAGACUUGUCAAUAAUUUGUAGUCUUCAGUGAGUUGUGGUCACAUCUUACCAGGCUAGCCAAUUUUCACUUCUAGGACUAAAGAGUUAACUAAUUACUCACUAUAUAGAGGUAAAGUGUUAACAAUAGAUGCUGCA